CCUCACAACACACAUCACUCACCAUGUGCCAUCGGCGGCGUGUCUUCUACGCGUGCCUCCACGAAGACACCGACGUCACGCCUCCGCGCUCCAUCCUCUACUGCGGCCAUGCCGUCCCAAGUCAGGGCAGCAGUGCCAACACAAACGUCCGGCCGUGCAUGCCCGCAAGUUUGCUUCCGCUCACGGACCGGACCGAUUUUUUUGCGAGUAUCAUACGCCCGGUACCGUGCGAGAUAUGUGCCACCAAUACAAGCCAUAUUUCUCUCCAGAGCCAGCCGUUGACAUCCCCGACAUUACCGAUAGAACGAAUGGUGCCCGGUGAUACGCCGGGCCGGGAGACAUCCAACUCCCGCGGAAGCAAUGUCAACUUCAGCUAUCAUCUUUCUGCACUUGAUCGAAUCAUGGGACGGCAGGAACAAAGUGUGGAGGAAUUCGACUUUAGUUGGUAUGAGAACAAGCAUCACGAUACAGACUCAGCCAACCUAGGGAAACCAAGUAUCUCAACUACCAACGACAAGCCUUACGGAAUCUUCGGGCCUAGUGAUAUCUCCUUUCGGUCUAAUAAAGAGACAGAUUCGAUUGAGGAAACUCCAUCUGCUACGGAGUUGCAGGACUUCCAACUAUACGAUGGAGAGAACGAAUUUGCAGACGAACUAGAAGAGGUUCGUUGUGUGAAAGAAAAGGAACCGUCAUCGAAAUAAU